GGUUUUGAACACGCCGAAUGAAGUGGACGACUACAGUUAAUUAAUUAAAUAGAAAUGACAAAGUUUGCUCUCGUAAUUUUGGGUUCGGCGUUGUUACUUUGUUUUAUUCAAAGUGAAGUUGUAAAACGCUCGACACUCACAUGUGAAGCUAAUGAAAUGUCUGUGGAGUGUUCGUUUUGCGGUCCGAAAACUUGCGAGGACCUUGGAACAGCGGUGCCUUGUAGUGGAGCCACUGGGGUCUGCAGGCCAGCGUGCGUAUGCGUCGAUGGCUACGUCAGAGAUACGAACGAAACUUGCAUACUAAAGACCGAGUGCCCAAGUUGCGGAGGAGACUUCAACGCUACAACCGGUUGCGGUAACCACUGCGGCAACUCAUGUUCCGAUUACAAAGAAGUUAACAAAACAUGUCUGACCGGUUGCAAAUAUAACAGUUGUAGUUGCAGAGAUGGUUAUGUUUAUCAUGACAAGUUGCAGUUUUGCGUAUUACCUGUUGAUUGUUGAAUUUUUCAGAUAUACCUGGACAUUGAAGUUGAUUAAGGAUAAAACAACUGCCUCGAACAAAAUAGUUAUUAAGAAUAAAACCAAAAUGACUGUUAUAUUUAUUAAUUUCUUGCCGAGAUAAAAUUGUUAAGCACAAACCAAUUGAUAACACAAAAUAUGCAUUGAUACAGUAAA